AUGAGCUUGAGCAAAGAUACUCCACCUUUUCCUGCCCCGAUUGCCAACGCAGUGUGCGGUCCACAGAAGGCAGGGUCCAAACCGCCAACUGGCAGCUUGGAUAUUGCUGCUCUUAACCCCUACCCGUUGGACGCCUGCUGCAAUAUCUGGGGCCAGUGUGGUAUCACCAAGGACUUCUGCAUUGACACCAACACCGGCACCCCGGGAACUGCUGAGCCUGGCACCUACGGCUGUAUUUCUUACUGCGGCCUUGAUAUUAUCAAGGUUGACGGGACUGGCGCCAUCAAGAUUGCCUACUAUAAAGGCUACUGCUUGAGCCGAAAGUACCUCUUCCAAGAUGCCUCCCAGAUUGACACCUCGCAGUAUACCCACAUCCACUUUGGCUUUGGGAUGUUGACCCCUUCCUAUAAUAUUGAGUUCUGGCGCCGGAUCUUGUUAUUCAGUGGUUGGGACUUCUCGACCAUGCCUGCUACGUAUCAGAUUUUCCCUAACAGUGUCACACCUAAAAACCGUCUUAUAAUGGCUACAAAGAUUGCUGACCUCAUUAAGAAGCAUAACCUUGAUGGUGUCGACAUUGACUGGGAAUAUCCCGGUGCACCUGAUCUUCCCAUCUUUAAUCCCGGUAGCCCCGAAGAGGGUCCCAACUACCUGGCCUUUCUUGUUAUUCUUAAGAACCUCUUGCCCGGCAAAUCUGUCUCCAUCGCCACCCUUUCUCCUACGUGGGAUACCCAUAACAGUAACUCCCAAAAGGGAUGUGAAAUGGGUAACUGCCUGCGCAGUCAGGUUAACCUGACAGAGACCAAGCAGUUAUUGGCUAUGAUAACCAAAGCAGGUGUCCCUGGAAAAAAGGUUAUUGUUGGUAUGACUAGUUAUAGGCGAUCCUUUAAGAUGGCGGAGGCAGGUUGCUGGGGCCCUGACUGCUUGUUCACUGGUGACCGCUUAAAUUUAGACGCGAAGAAGGGAAAGUGCACUAACACCACUGGGUACAUUGCUAAUGCUGAAAUUGAAGAGAUCUUGAAGGAUCCCGGCCGAGUUGUUAAGAGCUUUGUCGACUCAAGCAGCCACAGUGACAUCCUUGUCUAUGAUGACACGGAAUGGGUCGGCUACAUAAGCAGCGCAACUAGGAAGGCACGCUCAGCCCUCUACGCAGCCUGGGGUUUGGGAGGCGCCUCCGACUGGGCCAGUGAUUUACAAAAAUACCAUGAUGUUCCCCCACUAGCAAAGAGCUGGGCCAUGUUUAUAGAACUCACCAGUUCCAGAGAGGACCCCAAGACAGACCACACGCGGAAUAGUAACUGGACCGAUUCCGAUAUUAAGUUUAUGGAGUCGGUCUCAAGCACCCUCCAUAUGGGGGCUCAGGCCCACUGCGGGCAAUUGAUCUCUGACAGCUGCAUCUCGCAAGACUGCCCCAAAGGUGCGGACUGUCCAGAGUCGGGACCCGCGGCGCAGCUUACCUGGAACUCGCUGGUGGAGAUCCAUAAAUUAUACAAGGACUAUUACAACACUCUUUACCAGAUCGCCGCGGUUGUCAACACCGCGCUUAAAGAUCUGGAGAACAAAUUUGCACCGAUUCCUCCGGAGGAGGAAAAUAACUUGGAUCUUGCUGCUUAUUGA